CGAACGCAACUUCCGGCCCGACCAGGUGGGAGCCGGAGCCGGUUUCGGCGUGUCUCGAGAGUGCCGCGUUCCGUGCCCCCGUCGAAGUGUUCGCUGCGGUCGCCGUGGGGAGCCCGACGCGACCGCACGCGCGCGACCAUGUGGCGGCUGCUGGCUCGCGCCCGCGCGCCCGUCCUGCGGGCGCGUUUGUUAGAUUCUUGGGCAGCGCCGCCCGCCAGCGCUGGCCUAAAGACGCUGCUCCCGGUGCCCACUUUUGAAGAUGUUUCCAUUCCUGAAAAGCCCAAGCUUAGAUUUGUUGAAAGGGUACCACUUGUGCCAAAAGUGAGAAGAGAGCCUAAAAACCUGAGUGACAUAAGGGGACCUUCCACUGAAGCCACUGAGUUCACUGAAGGCAAUUUUGCGAUCUUGGCACUGGGUGGCGGCUACCUCCACUGGGGGCAUUUUGAAAUGAUGCGCCUGACAAUCAACCGGUCUAUGGACCCCAAGAACAUGUUUGCCUUAUGGCGAGUACCAGCCCCUUUCAAGCCCAUCACCCGCAAGAGUAUGGGACAGCGCAUGGGGGGCGGCAAAGGUGCCAUCGACCACUACGUGACCCCUGUGAAGGCUGGCCGCCUCAUAGUAGAGAUGGGCGGGCGUUGUGAAUUCCAAGAGGUACGGGGUUUCCUCAACCAGGUUGCCCACAAGUUGCCCUUCCCCGCGAAGGCCGUGAGCCGUGAGACUCUAGAGAAGAUGUGGAAAGAUCGAGAAGAACGAGAACGGAACAACCAAAACCCCUGGACCUUUGAGCGCAUUGUCACUGCCAACAUGCUGGGGAUACGGAAAGUGCUGAGCCCCUACGACCUGACCCAUAAGGGGCGAUACUGGGGCAAGUUCUACAUGCCUGAGCGUGUGUAGUGAGGAUUGUAAGCAGGAAACGGACACAGGCUGUUUAUUCCCCUCAGCCAGUCCUUCAAGUCUUUGGGUAGCUCUGAUGUCAUAACCAAGGAGCAGCAUAUGAGUAGAUGCUUUCUGAAAAGCUGUACGUCAUCUGUCAGGUUUUUUUAAGUGCACUGUAUUUAUAUUAAAUAAAGUUUGAGCAUCACCUCAAGAUGA